AUGGAUUCAAUUCAACAAGACAUGUUCUCUUGUCUUCCCGACGUUAUUUUAAUUGUGAUAAUCUCUUUCUUGCCGUUUAAGGAUUGCGUACGCACCAGUCUUCUCUCCAGGAGGUGGAGGUAUCUAUGCCAUGAGACCAAAAACCUUUCUUUUAAGGAAUCCGACUACGUGAGUAGUUCUAUCACUGACGAUGAGUUUGCAAGAUAUGACGCUAGGGUUUCCUUUUUUCGUUUUAUUGAUACAUGGAUCUCUAGAAUUCAUGAUCAAGUCGUGGAAAGUUUUGAGAUCUGUUUCUCUAAUCCGGUGGGUUUCGCGGCUUCCAUCGAGGCUCUAAUCGAAUUUGCGGUCUCCAAGGGAGUGAAGAAGUUAGUUAUUGAUUUAUCAAACCCUGCGUGGAGAAGAUACAAUGAUGUAUCAUAUCAUCAUUUUGUUGUUACAUUGCCAGAAAGUGUUUACAGUCUAACAACCCUGGAGACACUCAAAAUUUACGGGUGCAACUUUGAUCCUUCAAAAUUCACAAACAAGGGAUCGUUAAGAAGACUCUUUUUCGGUUGGAUGAGACUAGAACAGCUCGACUCUUUGCUAUCCAAAUAUCCUUCCCUCCAUAGUCUAAGUAUCAAACAAUGUUGGGGCUUGGAUAUCAGAUCGAUAGCCGGACAGUUAAGAGAGAUAGACGUUGAGAAUUCCGACUUCAGUUACAUGCAAUGUGCCUUUGACUUGCCUAAUAUAUACAGCUUGAGGUACGCCGGCCAACUUUUUGACUUGCACUUCGACAUGAAGACGAUCAUAGAAUAUGUAUAUUUAGAUUUUGAGGUAGAGGCCGUGCAUGAGGAACCAAGUGAGUCAACACGAAUAGACGGUGAAGUUAUUUCUGGUUAUCUCAAUGGUCUACGAGCAGCUCGCACUAUAACUGUCUGUCCUUAUCUCCUUCAGACUAUUCCAGAAUGUGACAGUCCAGAUUGUUUGCUCUACCCUAUGGAAACACAACAUUUGGUGUUGAGGACGAAGAUGCAUACGAAAGAGUUCAACGGAAUUAGGAUUCUUUUGGAAAAUUGCCCUAAGUUGGAGAGUCUAACUUUUGAUAUUCUUCCUCCACACCCUUUACCGAGGACUUUGUCAUAUCGUGGCAUCGAUCCACGUACAUAUUGGAUGGUAAACAGGACAUAUACUUGUCUAAUGAAGACACUAAAGGUCGUGGUGGUUAGGAAUUUUGGUGGUAGUUUCAAUGAGCUAAAUAUAUUGAGAUAUUUGAUUCGAUGCGGCAGUGAGUAUAGACCUGUGUUGGAAAGAGUAGAAUUGUACGUGCCGAAUGGGAUGGAUAAGAGUCAAGCGAUGGCAGUACAUGCUAAAGCAGAGAUGUUACAAAAAAUUUCGAAGCAUGUUCAGAUUCUUUGUGCACAAUGCUUGACAAGUUGA